AUAUUAGUUUAGUUUUAAUUGCGCUCGAAAACGGUUCAGUUCGCUUCGAUUUGGUUUGGGAAUCGUAUCGUCUCGCCCUUCGCAGAACAGAUCCGGGACGCAACUCUCGUCGGACGGUCACCUUUUUGGGGCAUCGAUAGAAGGAGUGGAAUUUUAAUUGUAAAACCAAUUCCCAUCCACAGAGCUCUCUUCUAUCGGCAUGGCACCGCCGAACAGCACAUCGGACAGCAACAACGAGGAACUCGCUUUGGACACAAGUGCUGCACAUGGCAAUGGCACAAUCACAGCUCCAACGGGAGCGCCUGCCACUGGGUCGACACUGGCCACCGGCGACAACAAAGUCAAUCAGUGGCGGUACGAGCCACGAGAACGUUUCAUUAUCACCCGAAAUGUCGUUGUGAUUGGCCUCGCGUUUAUGAUACAUUUCACGGCCUUCCAUGGCACAUCGAACCUCCAGAGCUCGGUGAAUGCGGACAAGGCCCUGGGCACCACCACACUGGCCGUCAUCUACGGCUCCCUGAUUUUGUCGAAUGUGUUUCUGCCCAUGACUGUGAUUAGUUGGUUCGGCUGCCGCUUGACCAUGGCCCUCGCUCUGUUCGCCUACAUGCCCUACAUCGCCGCCCAGUUCUAUCCCCGGUUCGAGACACUGAUUCCCGCAGCUCUAAUGGUGGGCUUCGGCGGCGGACCUCUGUGGUGCUCCAAGUGCACGUACCUAUCCACCGUAUCGGAGGCGCUGACUCAAGUGCGCGGCAACAAGUCACGGAAGGAUGUCAACACGGUCAAGUUCUUCGGUCUGUUCUUCAUCUUCUACCAGAUGGCUCAGGUCUGGGGUAACCUUAUCUCCUCCUCGGUGCUCACCCUGAGUGGUCCGGCCAAGACCGCGAGCAAUGGCAGCCUGGAAAUGGAAGAGGAUAGCAGCCCAAGCCUCAGCAAAGUGGGCGAGUUGUGUGGCGCACGCUUUUGUCCGGGUGUGGGGGCCGAGGCCAAUCCCAAUCUGGUGCCUCCGGCUCCGGAGCAGAUUCAGCUGCUGAACUCGAUUUUCCUGGCUUGCAUGGCUGCUGCCGUCGUCAUGAUGAUCUUUGGCGUAAGUUCCCUAAAGCGCUAUGGCGUCAAGCGUGGCGACACAGGAGACGGAAUUUCUGGCCUAAAGUUGCUGACGGUGACCAUUAACCUGCUGCGCAAGCGCCGCCAGAUCCUGAUGCUGCCCAUUACCAUGUUCAUUGGACUGGAGGAGGCUUUCCUGGCCGUGGAUUUCACCCGCUCGUUUGUGGCCUGCGGCUGGGGCAUUUCGAAGAUCGGUUUCGCCAUGAUUUGCUUUGGCAUCGCCAAUGCCAUAGCAGCUGGCAUUGCGGGUGCUCUGGUGGAGCGCAUUGGACGCAUCACCUUGGCCGGACUCUGUGCUGUCCUGAAUCUCUGCCUCCUGGCGUACAUGUACACGUGGGAGGCGCGAGAGGGCGACUACAUCCGGUAUUGCGCCUUUGCCGCCGUUUGGGGCAUCUGCGAUGGCGUCUGGUUGGUUGUGGUAAACGCUUUUUAUGGAAUCUUGUUCCCGAACCAUUUGAUUGCGGCUUAUAGCAACUUUCGGCUGUGGGAAAGCACGGGUUCGGUUAUUGGAUACGUGAUAAGCUCGCAGCUUUGCACCUCCACCAAAUUGGUGAUUCUGAUGUGCGUCAUGCUGGUGGGUUGUGUGGGCUACGGUCUCAUCGAAUACCGCGUCUGGCAAAAACAAAAGAAUCUCGAGAUCAUGCUGAGCGAUUGACCAGUAGAUGAUUGAUUGAUGGAGUCAUUCCCUUGCCAUGAAAUUGUUGCCUUUUGUGAUAUUGCCAAUAAUAGAUUUUAAGAUACCAUAGUUUAAUAAAUAAUAGCUUAACAAAAAGUACUAUUUACACCAGAUCCAGUGUUGAAGAAAAUAUUAAUAUUGCGGAAAAUUCUCAAAAUUGAAAGCGACGCGCAUCUGUUCACUUAACUAUUUAGCCUUAUAUUUUUUUUGGGGUUCAUUUGGGUCCACAUGUGUGGCCUGACUGAUUCUACCAAAGGUCUGACUUCUGACCAUAAAUGCGACAAGACAACAUUAAAAUAAAUUAUAAAUAUAAAUUUCAUUAUAUUGUACACUGCUGUGACGCUUAUCAGCUUAUCAGCUCGGAAUGCUAUAAAAACCCAGCUGCAUUUUGUGUACUGACAACAGAUCCUAGUUUGCGGUAAACAGCAUGCAAACUCUAAUUAAUUUAUGUCUAGCAGUUAGCCGAAAGCUGCAAAAAUUACGGAAACUGGCAGAAUAGAGACCUGCCUAUGAGAAGAGGCUGCUUCUUCAUCAGACUUUUUGCCGGAACGAUCAGAGCAGGAUAAAUAACAGCACCUGGUUCUGUUGGAUACUAAAAUUACUGGAGAUAUUUAUGCUUAAUGUGAUGCCAAAUAUAAUAAUAAUAAUAUAAUAAA